GUGACAGGAGAGGGGCAGGAGGGAGAGGGAGAAGAAGGAAGGGGAGAAGAGGGGGAGGGGGAAUCACCAGAUAAGAAAGAGAUUAACAACAAAUUAAAAGCGGCGCUGGUUCGAAUGUUUUACCACGCCUUCCUCCACGAGAAUGCCCUCAACCCCAUGGUGUUCCCAAGCCUCGCUCGCUUCGAGACGGAGACCGUUGCCAUGGCAGCGGGGAUGUUGCACGGCAACGAGAGGGUAGUGGGUAGCGUGACGUCAGGCGGGACUGAGAGUAUUCUGAUGGCAGUCAAGACCUACAGGGACAGGGCCCGGGACCUAUGGCCGCACAUCACUCAGCCCGAGAUGGUAGCACCACAGACCAUCCACCCGGCAUUCGAGAAAGCCGCCAGCUACUUCAACGUGACCGUGGUACACGUCCCCCUGAACCCUGACCUCACUCCCAAUAUGGCCGCCUACGAGAAGGCAAUAUCAACCAACACCAUUCUCUUGCUGUGCUCAGCUCCAGAGUACUGCUAUGGAAUGGUGGAUCCAGUCCCCACCAUCUCCGGACUAGCCAUCCGACAUAACCUCCCACUGCACGUCGACGCCUGCUUUGGCGGAUUCAUGCUGCCUUGGGUCGAGAAACUUGGCUAUUCGUUGCCUGAGUUUGACUUUCGGUUGCCGGGGGUAACCUCCAUGUCAGCAGACAUACACAAGUACGGUCUCGGAAUCAAGGGGGCGAGUGUGGUACUGUACCGGGACGAGACUCUGAGGAGGUAUCAGAUAUUUGCCUAUGCCGAGUGGCCUGGUGGGCUCUUUGGGUCACCCAGCAUGGCUGGCAGUAGACCAGGAGGGAUCAUAGCAGCCUCGUGGGCAAUCCUACAAGCCAUGGGUGUGACGGCUACACAGAGAUGGCGCGGAAGUUGAUGGAUGUGACUUUUGCACUCAAACAGGGCAUUGCAGCCAUUCCUGGUUUGAAGGUGUGUGGGUCGCCGGUAAUGACGGCAUUCUCUGUAACGUCAUGUGACAGUCAGGUGUCUAUCUUUGCCGUUGCCGACGUAAUGGAAAAGAACGGUUGGACAAUGGAGCGCCAGAUGGAUAGUCUCCAUUUCUCCAUCCUCCCCUCACACACUCCCGAGAGAGCUCAGCAGCUGCUUUCUGCUCUCAGAGAGGCUGUCACCACUGUCAAGGCAAACCCCGCCCUCUCUCGUACUGGGUCAGCCGGUCUCUACGGCAUGGUUGCUAAGAUACAGACAGGCGGUCGUCAACGACUUCAUCCUGGAAUUCUUAACGAGCUCUACACUCUCUAACUCUGCAUCCCUGUGUGACUCGUUUGUGCAAGAAUGCAAUUAGGUUUCCGUUUUUAGUAACAUUUUCUAAAUUUAGCCUUAUCAAUUACAUUCCCUUUAACGUCAAAUUGUAGUUUAACUCUAAAUUAUCGGGAAAACACGAUACCUCACAACAUUGCUGAAUCACACAUGUAUACACACAGUUUCAGAAGACGUAAGGUGCAUCAUUUGAUGGAUGUGCAUAAGGGGCGAUAUAAAGAGCGGAAGGAAGAGGUAUAAUUAUGGUGUAUAAUAUAAUACAUACAUGACAUAAUGUUGACCACACCUAAGGAACAGUGAGGAUGUUAGGAGGGAAAUCCCCCAACCAGGGGUGUUUUCCUCCCAUAGUUCCAAUUACAUGACGACCUGCAUAUAUAUACAAAUAGUGGCACUAUGCAUGCACAUGAACACGUAACAAACAAGAGUGUGCUAGAAAUUACAAACUUCCACACUGUCCCAUGCUAAACGACACGCCAAUUACUACCUCUUGGUAGAACUGCGUUUGCCUGUAGUGAGAACGACAGUGUACAUGUAUGUAGUGUAUACAUAUGUAUGACCCUAAAUAGUGGAGUUGAGUGUUCAGAAGAUGUGGAUGCAGGGGAUUGCUGGAUCGGCCACUAUAACGUUCCCCUGACCAUCCACGCAGACACUGCUCGGAGAUUUAAACAGCAUUCCCUCGCCACCCAGCUGCUUGACCUUUGCACCCUGCGGAGACACGACAAAGAGGAGGUGUGCCUUGGCCGACGUUACUAGGGAGAAACCCGUCACGGUCGACGGCAACAGACGUGGGGCUGAUUAGAGGGA